AGAGCAGCGACCAGAAGACCAACAAGCUCCGAGCGCAGGAGGGAAACGCGCGACCGAGCUGAAGUCGCGCCAGCAAAAGAAACUAGUCUCGAGUACGUUUCAAAAGAUACGAUGCGAGGAGUGGAGGAUUCGAUCACUCAAAGAAUCUGGCGGCAGCAGCAAGGCAGACCCCAAGAGGAGGAAGGGGAGAAUCGCGAGAAUCUCGUGGCAACGGUCAAGGUUCAGGCCACUGAUAGCCAGCAACGAGCUCCUAGCGAUGAGGACCCAGCAAGGUCGCGUGGGAAGCCAGCAGACCGGCAGGGAACGUUUGGGCUGCUCCUAGAGGGAGGUCGAAUCAUCAAGAUAAUCGCUGGCUCGCCGUCGGAGCGCAUCGGCCUGCAGGUGGGGGAUCGACUAGUCGGCAUCAACGACAUCCUAGUUGACGAGGACAGCGCUGGUCGCUUCCUCCGCGAGGCUUGGGGGCUGCGCAAUACUCGAUUCAAGCUGACGGUCGAGCGAAUAUCUCCUGUGUCGAUGCUUGCACGUACCUUGAACUUUCUGAUUGACGGUAAUCGUCUCAAGGAGAAAGGAAGUAGCGCGAGGCAGCUAAAAGAUGGGACAGAGGCACGAAAAACUGUGAGCAUCGACGACUUGUUGAGUUGGAAGGUCCACGCUGGGGUCCCAUCGUCUUCGUCUCGUUCCAACAUGUAAGCUUAUCAAUAAAUCUCAAAGAGGAUUG